AAGUUUUGUUUUGACACUUCGUUGACAUUUGGAAAAUAAUCCAAAAUGGCGAAGCUUUUGUUCUUAAUUGUCGUCGCUGUGGCAACCGUGGCUUUUGCAGAAGAGAAGAAGUAUAAAUGUGAUUAUCAAUUCGGUGACCCGACAUGGAACUUCACGAAAGAGUAUUAUAAUGUAGACCAUACACUGCGAAGGGGUAGCAAUCACGCAGAGACUAUAAUCCCACUAGAUGAAGGCUACAUGAUUAGUUUCGUGUGCGUGACGAUACCAGGAGUCAACAAGGCUACAACUGAAGUUUCUUUCUCGUCGCUGCAUCAUAAAAUAUCCAUCGAUUUAACCGAGAAAUCUAUUAAAGAUUUACCUUACCAUGUCUUAGCUAAAAGGCAUGGAUAUUAAACAUGGAAGAAGUAUUAACAUAAUUAGGUACUCGCCAACUAGUCAAAUUCAAUACUUUUUUUCGAUCUGUCACUAAUGACAGUUUUC